AUGGAGUGUUUCUAUGUCAUUGAGCUUUUAGAGAAAUACACUCAAUGUGAUAAAAGAAGUAUUUAUAUCACUCUUCAGAAAAUUAAAUUAGCAAAGACUUUUUCUGAAUUAGGAGACGCCUUUGGAAUUUCUGAAAGCAGCACAAGUACGAUAUUCUCAAAUCAUGUAGUGAUAAUUAGCAAUUUUUUGAAAGGCCUUAUAAUUUGGCCAUCUGAAGAGAAAAUUACAAACCAAUUACCGCUACCAUUUAGAGCUCGGUACAGCACUGUUCAGUGCAUUAUCGACUGUUUAGAGAUUGAAAUUCAGAAGCCAUCUGAUGCUGUAAAAGAGGCUCUAACCUGGUCAGAGUACAAAAAGGCCAAUACAAUAAAGUAUUUAAUUUCUUCUACGCCUGACGGAAUAAUAAACUAUACCUCUGGCGGAUAUGGAGGGCGAACAUCAGAUGCUGUUAUAGUAGAACAAUCUGGAUUCCUAGAUAAACUUAAACCUGGUGCGGGAGUUAUGGCAGAUCGAAGUUUCAAACACAUUGAAAACUUAAUUGAUGAAAGAAAAUGUGCUCUGAUAAGACCCCCCUUUACAUAUAGAAAGAGUUAUUAG